AUGGUCACAUGCAGAGACGUAAGUAGUUAUCGUAACCGUCAUGGGGUGCAAUCGCAAAAUAUUUUGGCAGCUUGCAACUUUGAUUUGCAGUUCAUCUAUGUGCUUAGUGGAUGGGAAGGCUCGGCCCAUGAUUCAAAACUUUUAACUGACGCAUUAUCCAGACCUAAUGGACUUCAUGUGCCUCAAGGUAAAUAUUUCCUAGUGGAUUGUGGAUUUGCUAAUCGCCGUCAGUUUUUGGCUUCGUUACGUGGUGUUCGAUAUCAUCUCCAAGAUUUCGGUGGUGAAGGUCGUCACCCCAGAAAUGCAGAUGAGUUGUUCAAUCUUCGACAUGCAUCAUUGCGAAACGUGAUUGAACGAAUUUUUGGAAUCUUCAAAUCACGAUUCACAAUUUUCAAAAUGGCUCCUCCGUUUUCAUUUCAAACACAAGCAGAGUUGGUAUUGGCUUGUGCUGGAUUACAUAACUUUCUUCGAAAGGAGUGUCAUUCUGAUGAAUUUCCAAUUGAAGAUGAAGAAGAGAAUGUUGCACCAGAUGUUGAGAACGAUGUAGACAAUUUGGAAUAUCUUUCUCAAAGCCAGCUGUCUCAGAGGAAUGAAGCUAAUGCAUGGAGAGCAAGUAUUGCUAAUGCUAUGUGGGAAAAAAGGUCAACAUAUGGAAAUGAUGGAAACGAAGAUGAUGAGACUGAAGAUAAUGUCUAG